CACUCCCCCAAAAACACAGGACUGGAUUUUACUGGGGGGGUUUUAAAGUGGGAAACGCAGAAGAAGAAGAAGAAGAGAAAACAAGUACGUCACUCUGACUGACUGAGGAGGAAGAUAUCUCUCAUCACGUGUUUACCAAAAACAUGUUAGACGUGACGUCUGGGAUAUUUUCAUUCAUGAAUAGAUUUUAAAGCACUUUUUCUGACAAUGUCGCCGCUAAUUAGAUCACUUUGGGCUCUUUGUCUCAUUUGCAUGUGUGUGCGGUGGUGUGAUGGCGGUUGUGCUGAAGUGGACUCCAUGACGGAGGCGGUGGUUGGACAGGGCUUCCUGUUGGGUUGCAUCUCCUGUAAGAAAAGAGAGGAAAUCGGCGGCACUGCUACAGUGGACUGGCACUUCAAACCGGCUGGAGGAGACGAGUUCUCCCACAUCUUCCAUUAUGAUUACCCGACCUCCACCAUCCUGCACGAGGACUUCCAUUCUCGUCUCGAGUGGCGUGGAACCAAAGGAACUGGUGACCUUCAGGUCGGAGCCAUUUACAUCCGGAACGUCACCUUUAAUGACACUGGCACUUACACGUGCACGUUUGAGCGUACAAUUUUCCUCCCGCUUAAUAACGAACAUGUAACUAUCAAAAAGACAGUGGAGCUCACCGUGUUGGCAGAAGCCAAACCUGAGUUGACGGCAGUGAUUUCAGAGAUCAUGAUGUACGUCAUCAUCAUUUUUCUGCAGCUGUGGUUGAUCGGUGUACUGAUUUACUGCUACAAAAAAAUCUUUGCUGAAAACGAAGCUCGCGAGGCCAGAAAUGCUCUGCGUGCAAAAAACAAACUUAUUGACUCGAAGGACACGUGUGAUGGCGUGCACUUGGAGUAGGAUUUGUUAUUAAUACUGAGCCAGGAAUCCUGGACAUUUUGCUGCUCACAAGAAAAAUCUUUAAAGUCUUAAACAUAAAUAAAUUCACACUCAUGUUUCUGAAAAGCAGCAGGUGAAGCAGGACUAGCGCUUCUGAUCUGGGCGUCACUGGUUACAGACAUAUGAGUUAAAUACUGUUAAUGCUCAUUUGUUGUGCUAAUCUAUUAACUUUACUAGUUUUUUGGUGACCUUAUUUAUUUUAAAGCUAGUUUGUAAACUAUUCUAUUCACUGUAAAGCUAGCUUGUCAGUUAGCAUAUUUUCCUGCUAAGUUACUGGUACAGUAUGACAGUCUGUUGUCUAUUUAAUACUAGGCAAUAACUUAGCAGAUUACUGGUUGAUUUACUGGUAUGGUAGUUCUUAAGGUUUACACUAGUUUUCAGAUUAGCAUAUUUACUGGUAUGUUAGUCUUUAGUCAAUAUGCUUGUUUUAAAGUUAGUCUGUUAGGCUUAUGCUACUUUUUAAGUUAUCAUAUUUUUAAUAACCCUGUAUCAAUGUUUGUAGAAACUGUCUAGUUGGUAAAUUAGCCUUGUAACUGUAAGGCUAGUUUUUAAAUUUGCCUGCUUGUUGAUAUGUUUGUUUGUAGGUAAGCAUGUUAACUGCUAUGUUACUUUACAGUUAUAUAAAGAAAGUUAGUCUCUUUAUAGGUUUGUUAGUCUGUAAAUUUGUGUAAUGAUUGUAACGCUAGUCCAUUUAAAUGCUUGUUUCUUUCCUAGGUCACUCAUGAAACUUAGCGAUGUUAGCUGUGUUAUAUGUAGCAUGUAGCUGAGGUGUGUUCAUCUCAGACAGCGAAACAGUAACGUGUGUGUGUGUGUGCCUAACACUGCUGAUUGAAUGCAAUAAAAUAGCACUUUAUUCACUUCAUUAGUAAAGAGUUUAAUAAAGAAAU